UAUUCGACGAUGUGCGCGCUUCUGUACUGUUUGUUUUCAUCACAAAAGUUUCCACUGCAUACAACGCUCUAUUUGGUAUUGGCGCUAUAGGAGUUUAUAUUUUGAAGCAUUUUGAGGCAAUUGCAGUGAUUGGAAGAAACAUCCUGGCGAGUUGCAAAAGGAAAGAUUUGCUAAGAACGAAGACUAUUUUAAAACUAUUAUUAUUGGUCUCUAAUGUAAUUGUUCAAUAAACAAUUGUAUCACAAUGGCCACGGAAAUAGACGAAGAACUAAAGCUAGAGGAUACCGUGAAAACAUUCGAGCUACUGUACGCUGGUGCUAAAAGUUCGUCCGGUGGCGCUGGAAAGAACCCUUUCCGUACCGAGCUGGAUUGUUCCAGCAGCACACGUCAGAAGGACCGCCAGCUGGUUCGUAAAAUUUUCGGAUCUCGCUGCGAAUGUGGUGCUGAGCGUGCUCCCUUCACACCGACCACAAGCAUACAAUUGGCCACCGUUAAUAAAAUGGCUCACGGUAAACAUAGUGCUUCGCUGCACCUGGAACACAGCAUUCGUAAUCAACCUACCUUCAAGCACAAGAAUCGCACGGAACGCAAAGCGAUCGUGCGCGAUUCCAUGCUGCGGAACAUCGGUAAAUGUGUACAUCAAACGUUGCGAAAGCUGCAUGAGGCAAAAGCAACGACGGUUACGCCAGCGGCUGCAUGUGGCGCACCACUGAAGCCAUCCCUCUCGGAGACAAAUCUCACCAAAUGCUUUGCCAAUGAGGCUAGCGACGAUUUGCUCGACUUUAGGUUACUGAUAACGCAGUGCAACGAGCUAUCGCUUGGCCAGGCCGGUUUGUACGGGCUGCGGCAGUUCGAGGAGGGCCCCAACUUUUCACACACCAGUUUCCGUGCCUUGCGCCCGUCAGAUGUAACGUGGCAGCAGCUGAGCCGCUCAACGGUCAACGCGCGACGGAACCGCAGACGGCAGCUGAAGAAAUCUAACAGUACCUCAUCGCUCGACAGUGACGGAAGCAGUGUGGACGCAAACUAUAAGGCCAGCAGCGGGCUGAGCGGACCCUGCCCGGGAUCGCUAGGAAGCGUUGUGGCAGAUGGUGAUGGAUUGAACUCCGGUCCACCACUGUUCCCCGCGUUUUCCUCGGGCAGCAGUAGUUCCUCCUCGGCGAACCAAUCUGCGGUUGGCAGCAAUGGCCUUGCCGUCUCCACCAAUACGGCUGCUUCGGCAUCAUGUUCGCAACAGGCGCGCCUGAACGCAAUGCCCUGCGAUGUGACGAUCGAUGAAAUGGCCAGCUACUUCGAAACGCUCGUGUACAUCCCUAAGAAGAUGUCCACCAUGGCCGAAAUGAUGUACAUCUAAGCGAAGGUCGUCCCGAGCUAUACGUUACCACUAGUGAGGCGUUUUUAAUUUCCGUUCAAUCAUGGUUCAUAGGUUGUGCGAUUGUCGAGCGAGUAUUUCUGUCCCAGUAGUCCGGACAAAGUAGUGUCAUUAGGUUGAGGGACUGAUGUGGUAGCAUCGGUAUUUUAUGAUUUGGUGUCUCUUUUCAAAACUCAGUUGCAGUUCCUUCACUUAAACUAGCGUCCUAUAUGUUACUUUUUAGUCCUUGAAAUUAUUCUGCAUCAACAAUUCACACCCGUCAUAUAAGCGUCGGGAAAUUGAUUAAUACGUAACAAAUUCAUUUCCUUUUCGAACGUAAACGGUCCUAUCCUCCUCCUUCCUAUUACAGCAAAUGGAAUGCAGUGGAGGAGCUGGAUACUGAAAGCAAUAGAAAAAUGAUCAUGUUAUGAAAAAUUUGUCGUAAGCGAUUCAGUGCUAAGUUUCAACUGGUUGGCGAAAAUAAGAGAUGUCUCCAAAUUAUUUAGAUUAUUGUUUGACUGAUUAACAAGAUCAAUUUAGGUAAAGAGCACUGUAAACAAAUACACAGAAAAAGGCAGUAUGGAAAUCAGAUUUCGAUACGAGUAGGCUCAUCCGCCAUUUUCACUUAACUGUACCCCUCCGUAUUCCCUGUUCGUCGUUCAAGUGCGUUGUAGAUAAAUGUGUUUCGUGCUUUUUCAAUCGAGCAAACCCAACUGAAUAAUUUUAGCUUACCAAAUGUAUGUGUCCUCGGUGCAAAGUAAAAGCUAGCCUGUAGUGAAAUAUUGAGCACCUAGUAACCCUCUAUCUCUGUACACCAUGUCUAGAAGCCAAAAGCUACGACGCGGAAUAUUGUCGACCUCCGGGGAUGUGGGCCCGGUGCGCGCACUAACCGUCUCAACAUAAUUUCUAACCCGUCUGUACGAUCGUGAGAUCCAAAGUCUAGUGAAUUGCAUUCUUCUCGGUACAACCAACGUUUGUGGAAUGUUUUAGGAAAAGAAAGGAGAAGUUUCUUACAUAAACAAAAUAAAAAAAAAAGAAACAGAAAUUAAAUGUUUCCAACUACGACCCUUCCACAUUGUAUAAAUCACACCGGUCAGGAAUAUC